GUGAUUAAUCGAUGCGUUCUUGAAUAAACCUUCGUUCUUCAGUCCCCCCUCACAAACUCAUCAAAAACCUCACCAAAAUCCCCAAUCUUUCUUUAUAACCCUUAUAUGUUAAUUUGGAACCAUCAGAAACCCUAAAACCCACAAAAAAAUUGCUUUUUUAUGUUUCCAUUUUUUCCGUAUUUGUAAAGAAACCCUAGUUUUUUGAGAACCAAGAUCGGUUCGCCAGAUAUCAAAAAGCUUCUUUUGUUCGGAAAGAGUUCUCCGAGGAGGUUUUUAGGGUUUAUUGUGUACGAUUGUCUGAAUUGUACUCCAUGGACGAUUUGGAGAAGGCGAUACUCAUCAUCUUCGAUGAAUCGGGGACAGUUACAUCGGAACUGAAAUCACAAGCGAUUGCAUUCUGUCAACAAAUCAAAGAUAAUCCAUCUAUUUGCAGUAUUUGUAUCGAUCGAUUGUGUUUUUCGAAACUGGUUCAAGUUCAGUUUUGGUGUUUGCAAUGUUUGCACGAAGUUUUGCGUGGUCGUUACUCCGGAAUGAGUUCCGAUGAGAAAUCGUUUGUGCGGACGUCCGUGUUCUCCAUGGCAUGCUAUGAAUCGCUCGAUAAUUCCAAUUCUGUUAAGGUUUUAGAUGGUCCUUCAUAUGUGAAGAACAAACUUGCUCAAGUGUUGGUCACUUUGAUCUAUUUCGAAUAUCCCUCAAUUUGGUCUUCGAUUUUUCUUGAUUUUUUGCCUAAUUUGAGCAAAGGUGGGGUUGUGAUCGACAUGUUUUCUCGAGUUUUGAAUGCUUUAGAUGAUGAAUUGAUUAGCCAAGAUUACCCACGAACUGUAGAAGAAGGUGCAAUUUCUGGGAAAAUUAAGGAUGCAAUGAGACAACAAUGUGUAGGUCAAAUAGUUCGAGCUUGGUACGAUAUCUUGUCGUUAUAUCGGAAUUCGGAUUCCGAAUUAUGUGCAUUUGUUUUAGAUACAAUGAGGAGAUACAUUUCGUGGAUCGAAAUCGGUUUAAUUGCAAACAAUACUUUCCUUCCUUUGUUGUUCGAACUGAUUUUGGUCGAUGGAUUACCGGAUCAGCUUCGAAGUUCUGCUUCCGGUUGUGUUCUUGCUGUUGUUUCUAAGCGAAUGGAUUCACAAGCUAAGCUUACUCUUUUGCAGAGCCUUCAAAUGAGUCGGGUUUUCGGUUUGGUGGCAGGUGAUGGUGAUUCCGAGUUUGUAUUAGGGAUAGCAUCUUUACUUACAGGGUAUGCGUCUGAAAUUCUUGAUUGUUUGAAGAAUUUGAAUGGUGAUCUUAAACGGGCUUCGGUUGAGCUUUUAAAUGAAGUUUUGCCAUCGGUUUUCUACGUAAUGCAGAACUGUGAACUCGAUACUACGUUCAGUAUCGUUCAGUUUCUUUCCGGAUAUGUUGCCACCAUGAAAGGCCCGUCUCCACUGACGGAAGCUCAACUUUUUCAUGUUGGGCAGAUAUUGGAGGUGAUUCGUAUGCACAUUCGGUUCGAUCCCAUGUAUCGUGAUAAUCUUGAUGUGUUAGAUAAAGUAGGGAGUGAAGAGGAAGAUCGAAUGAUCGAGCAUCGGAAAGAUCUUCUUGUUUUGCUUCGAAAUGUAGGCCGUGUAGCACCCGAUGUCACCCAAUUAUUCAUAAGAAACUCACUUUCGAGUGCCGUGGGGUCUUCGCUCGAUAUAAACGUUGAAGAAGUCGAGGCUGCUCUUUCGCUUUUUUAUGCAUUUGGGGAAUCGCUAAGCGAAGAGGCUAUGAGAACCGGAAGUGGAAUCUUGAGAGAACUUGUGCCGAUGCUUUUAUCGACCAAAUUCCCUUGCCAUUCAAAUCGGCUUGUUGCACUCGUUUAUCUUGAUACAAUCACGAGAUACAUGAAGUUUGUUCUCGAAAACAACCAAUAUAUUCCAUUAGUUUUAGCCGCGUUUCUUGAUGAUCGUGGGAUUCACCAUUCAAAGGUGAAAGUUAGCCGAAGAGCGAGUUAUCUUUUCAUGAGGGUUGUGAAACUUCUCAAAGCCAAACUCGUGCCUUUUAUCGAAACAAUUUUGCAGAGUCUGCACGACACGGUUGCACAAUUCACGAGUAUGGAUUAUGCGGCCAAAGAUCUUUCAGGAUGCGAAGAUGGGACUCACAUUUUUGAGGCGAUCGGGUUGUUAAUUGGAAUGGAAGAUGUGCCGCUUGAAAAGCAAUCAGAGUACCUUUCGUCUCUGCUUACUCCUCUUUGUCAACAGGUUGAGAUAUUGCUCGCGAGUUCUAGAGUUCAGAACUCGGAAGAAUCACCAUCAAAAGUUGCGAAUAUCCAACAAAUUAUCAUGGCCAUAAACGCACUAAGCAAGGGAUUUAGUGAGCGUCUUGUGACCGCUAGUCGUCCUGCCAUUGGCCUCAUGUUCAAGCAGACGUUGGACGUGCUUCUACAAAUCCUUGUGAUAUUUCCAAAAGUGGAAACGUUGCGCUCUAAGGUUACUUCAUUUAUUCACCGGAUGGUGGAGACAUUAGGAUCAUCGGUAUUUCCUUACCUUCCAAAGGCAUUGGAGCAGUUGCUUGCUGAAAGUGAGCCGAAGGAACUUGUGGGGUUUCUUGUAUUAAUCAAUCAGCUCAUAUGCAAAUUCAAUACUUCUGUCCAAGAUAUUUUGGAGAAUGUAUACCCUGUUAUUGCAAGUAGGAUAUUUGGUAUUCUGCCAAGGGAUACAAUUCCAUCGGGGCCGGGCAGCAACACCGAGGAAAUUCGUGAAUUGCAAGAGCUUCAACGGACGUUCUACACUUUCCUUCAUGUGGUGGCAACACAUGAUCUGUCGUCGGUGUUCCUUUCUACUAAAAGUCGAGUCUACUUGGAUCCAAUGAUGCAGUUAUUGUUGUAUACUUCCUGUAAUCACAAGGAUCUCGUUGUUAGGAAGGCUUGUGUACAAAUAUUUAUCAGAUUGAUUAAAGAUUGGUGCGCGAGGCCUUUUGGCGAAGAAAAGGUGCCCGGUUUUCAAAGUUUUGUUAUCGAGGCUUUUGCAACAAACUGUUGUUUGUACAGCGUGCUUGAUAAGUCGUUCGAGUUCCGUGAUGCAAGUACUCUUGUUUUAUUUGGGGAAAUAGUGUUAGCUCAGAAGGUGAUGUAUGAGAGAUUUGGGAAUGAUUUUCUCCUGAAUUUUGUAUCAAAAGGUUUUCUUGCUGCACAUUGCCCUCAAGAUUUAGCAGAGCAGUACUGUCAGAAACUGCAGGGCAAUGAUAUGAAGUCACUGAAGUCAUUCUACCAAUCUCUUAUCGAGAAUUUAAGAGUACAACAGAACGGAAGCCUUGUUUUCAGAUAGCAUGGCCUCGGCCGCAUUUGAAAUUCAUCACCAACGGUUUGUGUUACUGCUGAAACCAGUUAUGGUGGUAAAAUUUUGUUCUGAACGAGGUUUUGGCCCUGUAAAUAACAUUUAUCUGGCUCAUCCGUUACAGCGAGGUGUAAAUUUCCGAAGCAGUUUCUAUACCAAUCGACCAGUUUCAAGAAUUGAAGUUUUAACAUGAAAGGUCGGAUCCAUAUUCCCUUGAUUCUUAAUCUGUGUUUGUUAUCUGCAAAUUUACAUCAUGUGUUUGUUCUCUAAAUCGAUCAAAUUUUGGUCUCGGAACAAAUGAAGGUUCUUUUACCCCCCCCGAAGACACGGGUCUUCUGAUAUUGUCAUCCGAAAGGUCCCGUGAGUUAUUUGUUUAUUAGAAACUUGUCAUAAAUAUUAUGUUGAAUGUUCGAUUUUCUGACCUUUUUUGGCUGUAUUUGUUGUUAUCGUUGUUAAAUGGUAGAUUGGACGCCGUUUUAGGUCA